ACAAAAGCCUAUGGCACUGUUGCUGCUUUCUCUGUUUCUCUCUGUUUUUUGUCACCCUCAGUUCUCUGCAGCAAUCUCUUCGUGCAAUGGCCCAUGUCAAACCCUCAACGACUGCAAAGGCCAACUGAUUUGCAUAAAUGGCAAAUGCAACGAUGAUCCCAAUCUUGGCACUCACGUUUGCUCCAACGACGGAGGAGGAGGAUCGAGCCAUGGCGGCUGUCACUCAAUUGGCAACUUGAAUUGCAAGGGAAAGUCGUUCCCCCAGUUCAAGUGCUCGCCUCCAGUCACUUCCUCCACUCGAGCCAUCCUCACAAACAAUGACUUUAGCAGAGGUGGCAGCGGCGGAGACCCUUCGGAGUGCGAUGGGAAGUUCCAUGAUAACUCUGAUCCAAUAGUGGCGUUGUCCACGGGUUGGUACAAUGGGGGCUCGAGAUGUGGGAGGAUGAUCCAAAUUACGGCUACAAAUGGGAGGUCGGUGUUGGCCAAGGUUGUGGAUGAGUGUGAUUCCAUAAAUGGAUGUGACAAAGCGCAUGCUCAUCAGCCUCCAUGUCCCAACAAUGUUGUGGAUGGGUCGAAUGCAGUGUGGAAUGCUUUGGGAUUUGACAUCGAUGUGGGUGAAGAACCUGUCAUUUGGUCAGAUGCUUAGAAAUUAUGGAAUCGACGUGUCCAUGUGGUGAUAUAUGUCUUAAGCUUUGUAUUAAUGAUAAAUAAUGGUGUCGAGAUGAUGAAAUAUAUUUGACCCAAAAUAUGAUAGUUUUGGUUGACUGUUGUUCAAUUUGUGAAAGUACGUGUAAUCUUGUAAAGGUGAAUAAAAA